AGCAGAGGGAGGGGAGUAGAGAAAGAAAAAAAGGGCGAUCUUCUGAAGCAGCUCCAGUCUUUCUUCUUUAACCCCACCCACGGACGCAUUUCUCAACACUGGCGCUCGCUACCUGGCGCAGGGACUCUCAUCUGCGCGUUAAAGGACUAAAACCACUUUUAACCAGGAACAAAUCAGUGGGAAUACAUGAAAUCACGCGUCUUUGAACUCAUCAUGGAGUAGAGCCUCUGUUGGUUUGAGGAUAAACUACUACUAGAGAAGAAUUCCAGAGAAGAACGAUUUGACUUUCGUCCGAGGACAUGGACUGGAAGAACUUCCAAGCCCUCCUCAGUGGGGUGAACAAAUACUCCACAGCUUUCGGGAGAAUAUGGCUGUCUGUGGUGUUCGUGUUCAGGGUGAUGGUGUACGUGGUGGCGGCGGAGCGAGUGUGGGGCGACGAGCAGAAAGACUUUGACUGCAACACCAAGCAGCCCGGCUGCGCCAACGUCUGCUACGACCACUUCUUCCCCAUCUCCCACAUCCGCCUGUGGGCCCUGCAGCUCAUCUUCGUCACGUGCCCCUCGUUCAUGGUGGUCAUGCAUGUGGCCUACCGCGAAGACCGUGAUCGCAAGCACCAGGCCAAGUACCAUGACAACGUCAAGAAGUACUCUAACCCGGGUAAAAAACACGGCGGCUUGUGGUGGACUUACCUGACCAGCCUCCUUGUGAAAACGGUCAUCGAGGUCGCCUUCCUCUACAUCCUCCACUGGGUCUACGACAGCUUCUACCUGCCAAGGCUGGUCAAGUGCGAGGUCUGGCCCUGCCCCAACCAGGUGGACUGCUACAUUGGCCACCCCACUGAGAAGAAGGUCUUUACCUACUUCAUGGUCGGCGCCUCUGCCCUCUGUAUCAUCCUGAACAUCUGCGAGAUGGUCUACCUCAUCUCCAAGCGCAUCGCUGCGUGCACAAAGAAGAUAAAGAGGCGCAGCCGCAACAUACCCGUGCAACAUGACGACUACAGCGACGACCCCUUCAACAACUGCAGCCAGCCGAUGUCGAGGGCGGACAAGAAGGACAACCCUCCGUCCUUCAAGACUGCGCUCAAGUCUUCGCAUAUACCUUCCAUGUUGAAACUGGAAGAGAAGAUACGGGCGUCUGCUCCCAACCUGUCCAUCGCUUCGUAAUCCUGAAUCAGGACAAGCUAGGUGGUGUUUGGGGACGAGAACCUAAUGAAAAACCUCCCCAAAAAAAUGUAAGGACUCAGAGCUACGAGCAAAACUACAGUACGAGUUAGACUCCUGAAGCUGAGUCAUCACAACUGGAUUCAUCCUGUGGGCCCCUGUGUCCACAUCUAGAGACUCUUUAAGAGCAUGAACUUUGGUUUCCAAGUCAACAUCCACAAUAUUUACAGGUCAUGUAUGUGUUCACGAUACGUGAGGUUUCUUUUUGAAUACAAUAAAUGACCUUUCCAGCUUCA